AGACACAAAUCACUAAUGCUUAGCUUACGGCAACUCUUUCACGGAACUGCUGACGUCGUAGUUAUCAGACGCACCCGACUCGUCCUAUGGGCGGAGCGAAAACCGGAAGUGGUGUGGAGGAACAGUUUUGUUUCAGUUAGGUCGGAUAACGUGUUUUCCAUGAGCUCGCAUCUGUUUUAGGAAACUGCUCCCCAACACCACAGGUAACUGGUAUAAGCCAGCUGAGCCUAACGAAAGGCCCCCUUUCAGUAGCGGCCUGGAGAGAAGAGUUCCAGUUAAAGAGUCAAAGUACAGAUUGUAAAGAAUCUGUGUCUUGGCAGUUAAGCUGCUGUGUCUUGUAGUUCAUCAUGUCAAGCACGAAUGCAUUACCGUCAUCCUCAUCAUCUUUAACUCAGGAUACAGGCAGCCAGCAGCUUACUGAGGAUGUCUCGGGCAAACCACGGCAAACAGAGAAUCAUCAGAGCAGCAGUAAAAAGGCUGUUGGUCAAAACAGAGAAGCUGAUGUCAUCUCCUCCAGGGAAAAUGCAGGAAUGGACACAGAGGUGUCUGUAGAACCAAGUUUAGUCCAGGACAAUGGCAUUCAGAGACUCUCUGAGGAUGUCUCCAACAUUCCAAACCAGACAGAAAACCAUCAGAGCAAUUCAAAUGAGAGUGGUGAACGAAGGAGGAAUGAAAGCCAAGAUUCCGAAACAAAUGGGCGACCACAGACUAGCACAACACAAGUGGUGGAACAAGAUGAAGAAGAUGAGGAGCUAACAUUAAAAUAUGGAGCCAAGCAUGUUAUCAUGUUGUUUGUGCCUGUCACACUCUGUAUGGUAGUCGUCGUAGCAACAAUCAAGUCAGUGAGCUUUUAUACACGAAAGGAUGGUCAGCUGCUUUAUACACCCUUUUCUGAAGACACAGAUUCUGUUGGCCAGAGAGCCCUAAAUUCCAUACUGAAUGCUGCAAUUAUGAUUAGUGUCAUCAUAGUGAUGACAAUAUUACUGGUGUUUCUCUACAAAUAUCGAUGUUAUAAGGUGAUCCAUGGGUGGCUAAUAAUUUCAUCUCUUCUGCUGCUGUUCUUCUUCUCAUUUAUUUACUUAGGUGAAGUCUUUAAAACCUAUAAUGUGGCAAUGGAUUACUUCACCCUGGCACUCAUCAUUUGGAAUUUUGGAGUAGUGGGAAUGAUUUGUAUCCACUGGAAGGGCCCACUAAGGUUGCAGCAAGCAUAUCUCAUCAUGAUAAGUGCCUUGAUGGCCUUAGUCUUCAUUAAGUACUUGCCUGAAUGGACCGCAUGGCUUAUCUUGGCAGUUAUUUCAGUCUAUGAUCUGGUGGCAGUCUUAUGUCCAAAAGGUCCUUUGCGUAUGCUGGUGGAAACCGCUCAGGAAAGAAAUGAAACCCUGUUUCCAGCUCUGAUUUAUUCUUCAACAAUGAUGUGGCUAGUGAACAUGGCAGAUGGUGAGCCGGAAGCCCAAAGAGUUUCCAGACAACUUGCACCUCAGCCCCAGACUUCCUCAAACCACGUUGAGAAUGAAAUGACAGAAGACAAUGGCGGAUUUACCCAGGACUGGCAAGAACAGCAAAACCAGGCAUUGGGAAAAGUUUCAUCCACUCCAGAGAGUCGUGCUGCUGUACAGGACAUGCCAAAUAGUAAUGCUCCAGUGGCUGAGGAUCCUGAGGAACGUGGCGUGAAGCUUGGAUUAGGCGACUUUAUUUUUUACAGUGUUCUUGUUGGGAAGGCCUCAGCCACAGCCAGUGGAGACUGGAAUACAACGUUAGCCUGUUUUGUUGCCAUACUGAUUGGUUUGUGCCUUACACUUCUGCUUCUUGCUAUCUUUAAGAAGGCCUUACCAGCUCUACCAAUUUCUAUUACAUUUGGGUUGAUCUUCUACUUUGCAACAGACAACUUGGUGCAGCCAUUCAUGGAGCAACUAGCAUUUCACCAAUUCUACAUUUAGCACGUCUGACUUGAUCAGUCUUUUGUAGUUAUCUUAAAACAUGUAAAUGGGAGGUUUUCUUGCUUUUGCAAGAAAACCUAGUAUCCAGUUUCCAGAAAUGAAACAAUUUUUUUAAGAUUUCCUUAGAAUACUGUAAUAAAUGAAUCAUAAAAUGCUUUGUAUUUCCUCAGAUUUGACAAAUUCAUUUGCUUGUGAUACAAGCGUUGGCGUACUUAAAAAAAUUAACAGAAAACAAAUCAAAGGACUGAACAUAGUUUAGUGUCUUUCCAAUGAAUUUUGAUGCUCUGACUAUGUUCCUUUCACAGCUUUGAGGUACUUGCUGUGUUUUGUAAUCAUUUGGAGGGAAUGGACUACUUUUCAUAUUACUCAUCUGAAUGAAACUUCAGCAGUGCAAGAAGAGUCCAUGGCAGAAGUGAAUUGCAUUCCUUUUCAAUAAUUUCUGACUGCAGGACAGUGGAGUUGUGCAAUACAAUUAUUUCCUUCUUGCAUGUGGGGAAAAAGGGCUAUCAUUCUUCACUGAGUAAGCUGGACAAAAGUUCUUUGCUGGAGUGAAAUAUGCGAUAUUUUGGCAGAAGGCUACAGGACUGUGCUAUUUAAAACAGUAAGUGUGAUUUUGCUGAUCAGUUAACAUUAAAGCAGUUAAAGUGGCUCUUUUUUCUGUACUGAUACUGUAGCAGAGAGAGCUUAAAGAAGUUAUUGAUAAUGUGCAGGAUGUCCCUCGUAAAAGAAUGUUUCUUAUUUUCCUAAUCAAAACUUGACAGCAUAUCAGCAGGUGUCUGCUGUUAUAGUGUGUGCAGAAGAAAAGUGAAAAAUGAUAUACUCCUGCAACGCCUACAGCAGCAGAAGUUAAGAUAUCCAAAUGAUAGCAUGGAAUGGAUCAGUGUAAUUUGAAAGAAACCGAUUUUCAGACUUUUCCAGUUUUAGUCAGUGUUUUGUGGACAUCUGUCUUUGCCUUUGUAAGCUUAUUUCUUUCAUUCUUUGCAGUUUGGUGUCAGUCAUCAAACUGGCAGGGUAACCAUUGUUUGAACAAGUCUGUAUUUAUCACUAAAACUGUACACCUUUAUUUUCCUUAUUCUCUGCCAGGAGUUUUCACAUGAUUGAUUGACCCAAUUCUGAAUAAAUUUUUUGUAACGUAAUGUAUUGCAGUACAUUGAAAAUGGAAAACCCUGAUAUGUUUAUUUUGUUGGUUUUGUGGAAACUGGAAAGCCUCUUAUUGUAGUCUUAGAGAAAUCAUCUGUAAACAUGUGUUAAGUGGUUUUGGUCAAGGAAUGCACAUUUGUUCCACUGUUUUGACUUCAUAGCUACUUUACACUGGGGAUCUGUUGAUGCUGUGGUUUAUGUUAGGAAGGGUACCAGUCACAUCUGAGGACUAUUUUUGGUGGGCAGAAGAAUAUUUGGAGGAAAGUAUCUCCCUUACUCAUUUUGUACAGCUAUUUUUUUUUACCUCAUAGCGAAUGAAAUCUCCCAGUUGAGCGCAAACAGCAGAAAGGAAUGAAACUAUUAAGUAGCCUAAACCUGAGCAGCAGACUGUAGCAGGAAGCCGAAGGCUCGGUGACAUUUAAGUACUACUGAACAUUGAAGCCCUGCAGGCCAGCAGCUGUGAUUGUACCUAAAAAUUGUCAAAGCCAGUUGAUAAGGGAAGUCAGUGAAGACAUUUGCUGUAGCCAAUAUAGACACGAUUUAUUUAAAUAUGGCUUGUGGCAUUUACUUUGUAGUGUUGGUAAAUAUGUGUAGUAUUUUCAUUGACCUGGAUUUCUUUAAAAAAGACUUUGAACUCUAGAAAACCAACUGUGCUGUUUCCAAAAUGCCCGAUAAAGACUUCAUUUUUGAUAUUCAUUUCUUGACUUCCAUAUAACCUUUUUAUUAACAGUAAGCAGGGUAAUUCUAAUUAUGUGUGUGUGUGUGUGUGUGUGUGUGUGUGUGUGUGUGUGUGUGUGUGUGUGUGAGAGAGAGAAAAGUUAAGAGGCUUAUGAACUAUGUUCUUUAAAGCAGUAAUGUUGUAUUCAUACUACUGAAAUCUAUGGUUAUUGCAAAAUGGGUGUAUUGCACAAGACGCACACUUUGCAGAACAAGCCUCAUUUGAAAAAGUAACUAUUUACUGUAUGCAUUGUUUUUGAUAAGGGAAGAAGUCAGGUCCAUUCUUUUUGGGGUAGUGGCAAUGUACUCGACUGAACUCUAACUAAAGAAAGAAGGCAGUAGACUGGCCAUUGUUUUGCACUUCACCCUCCCAGAUAGAGCUCUGAGCAGUGUCAGUAUGUGAGUUUUGUGCAGACAACUGAGUGUCUGUUGUAGUGUAUGAUAGAACAAUUCUGGUCAUGGUGACGCACAAAAUUGAAAUUCUGGUGAAUGAUAAUGUUGUUGUCCUCUGUAAGAGGUUAUGAGAAGUAAAUGUAUAUUUCAGAAUGGUUGUUUGCACUGUUCGUUUAUGUAUGCACUCAUGCAAGCAGCAUGUUGGCACAAGAAUGCAUCACUGUGGGUUGUGUGAUAGCCUGGUAGCUUUUGAUUGAUCGGUGCAUGCUUGACUGAAACACCCUCCUGUGCCUCCUGUGAAAUGUCAGUGCCAUCUGUGAGUUUUUCUACUAUGUUCUUUCUUCAGAAUGUAUUAUAGGGAGAUGUGAUUGGGGCAUUGGGAUUGGACCCCUGCUUGAAAAUGUUAUGGAAGUUAAAUUAGUGAUACCAGUAAAACUGGGUGUCCUCAGCAUACCUCUCAAUCUAUAGACACUGAAAAUAGGAACAAAGGCCCUUGAUAAGUAGGAAUAUUCAGGUAAAAAUGUGGGCAUCUGAUUAGCAUAAAAUGUGAAUACUAAAUAGCACAUAACUUUGCCCACUUCCAUUGUGAAGAUGGGAUACUACUCAGAAAUACUUAUUUAAAAAACAAAAUGAUAAAAAUAAAGUGAUAAAAAUUAUGGAAAAAUGUAAACGCAAUAUCAAAGAGGCAGUGUACAAUUUGUAGAUUUUAAUGAACUGUAUUGCAAAAUUCUACUAACCAUCCAUCCACAACUUUUUUCCCAUUUUUGAACAUGGGGUUAGGCUGCUACUUUAACAGUGGCAAUCAUCCAGAGCCAAGUUUUACACUGCUGGGUGGCUAGCCCUGCCAUGGUAGCUCUUCCUCACCACACCCUCACGGCCAAUUUCACAUGUCCAGUCCACCUACUGCAUGUUUUUGGAAUGUAGGAGGAAACCAAAGCACCAAAAGGAAACCUACGCAUACACAGAGAGGACACGCAGAAUCCAAACAGAAGGCAUCCCAGCUGAGAAUCAAACCAAGGUAUCUCUUGAUGUGAGAUGAUAACACUAUCAGCUAUGCCAAUGUGCUGCCCUGUUCUACCAACCAAGGUAAUUUAUUUGUGCUUAAGAAAAAGGGAGAUGUCAAAUGUGUGUCCUCUAUUAAAUUUAUUGUUCUUACUAAUAGGUUGGUCAUGUAGUAUAGUUUUCUGUGUACUAGAUAGCUUCAAAAAUCACAUGUAAUGAAGUGGACUUGAAAAUUCUGUAAAGGAGUAGAUCAGAUUUGAAAAUAGGGACAUCCUGUGGUUAAUCAGGCUAGAUAAUCGGAACAUUCCUCCAAAAUAGAGACAUUUGAGAGGUAUGGACCUCUGAAAGGGUUUUUUGUAGUGCAAGUAAACUAAGGCAGACAUGGUUCACAGGUAGUAUUAGGGUGUGUGCUAGCAUAGGCUUGUACAAUAGGGUGUGUGCUAGCAUAGGCUUGUACAACAGGCUUUUACAAAUUGGAAUUUAAUGGAGUAACACUAAGACAUUAGGAACCGCUUAGUUACAGUUCAUUCCUAGCAUCAGAUCUUUCAGUGUUGUCUUCUUUCACUCCUGGAUGAGCACUACACUGUAUGUAGAAGAACACUUAAUUUCCACUUUCUGCACUAUAUGUCAGUAAGGCUGGAGAGGGGUUCCAGCUUUCCUGUCCCUCAGUGGGAAAUGCAGGGAAUUAAAAAAAUAUAUGGCUCUAGGACUUUUGAUCAAUCAAAAGUCCGAAUCCAUUACCACCGAACACACUAACGAAAGCGCUUU